CAUAAAAGAUAGGCUACAAGAGUAAAAAUCAUAAAAUACUUAAGAGAUUUUGCUGGAUUUUUUGAGAGUUUUGUUAAUUUUUUUUGAGGAAUUUUACUAGAUUUUUGAGAGAUUUUGUUGAAUUUUAUAAAAAAUUUCCUGGAUUUUGAGGGGAGAAAGAGAGACCAUACCUGUUUUUGCGAAAUGAAGUCUCUGCGAUAAUGAAGACGAUGAAACCUCUACGAUGAAGCCUGUGGACUUAGCUUAUGUGGAGUUGACGAUUUGAUUCAGACGACGAAGCCUUCUGUGGACUGAAGACGAUGAACACGAUUAAGUCUUUUUUGGAUUGAGUCUCUGUGACGAAACUUUUUAAUUUCACAAUCUAGUUGAGAAAGAUAAUCAACGAAGGAGACUGAAAUUGGGGGUUUUGUUUGCACAAAAAUACAAAAGUUAACUUCUUUGCCUCUCCCGGAAUAGCCAGCCAAAUAAAGAUUAUGAGAAAUAAUUAGUGUGAUAGUUAGUCCAACAAGAUUUAAAGACCGCUUCUGUAAAAUAACUGAGAAGGACAUUUUAUUGAGGCCGUGGGAGUUGCUCUUAAACACCACACCCAGAGACAAGGAGAGGAGAGAGAAACACAGGCAACUCUGCGGACAACAAAAAGGAAGAACAAAAACAUAGAGAACAGCAGCAUGGGCUUCCUCUGAUGGCACUGAAUCAUGUGUCAAGGCUGUGCAGGUCCGUGAAAGACUCCAUUGAUUUCUACACCAAGCUUCUCGGGUUCGUGGUGAUCGAACGCCCUGAGGCGUUCGAUUUUGACGGAGCGUGGCUGUUCAACUACGGCGUUGGGGUUCACUUGCUGCAGUCUAAGGGUGGAGAAGAGAGACUGCCUGAAGAUAUUGAUCACUUGGACCCAAUGGACAACCAUGUCUCUUUUCAGUGUGAGGAUAUGGAAGCAAUGGAGCAGAGGUUAAAGGACAUGAACAUAAAAUACAUGAAAAUAACUGUAGGAGAAGAGAAUGAAAUCGCGAUCGACCAACUCUUCUUCAACGAUCCGGAUGGGUUCAUGAUUGAGAUUUGUAACUGCAGGAAUCUAAAGCUUGUUCCUGCAGGUUCAUUUGGCCAAAUCAAGCUUCCAUUUGAUCGACAUAAUCCACCCCUUGUGUCGUUGGCUCGAGUCCGGACUAGUCUCGUCCCAUCUGGGCUGUUUGGCUGCCAUAUCCAUAGGGUAGGAUUCCAUUCCCAAGGAGUGAGGCUGCCGCGCUUCGUGCUGUGA